AGUUCUGAGCUUUCUGAUUGGUGGAUGAAGCCCUCUCAGUCGCGCUAGCUGUCUGGGAAACCGGAAGAGGAAGUCGUUGCUGCAGCCGCCCCGCAGCAAUGCAGCGAGAGGAGAAGCAGCUUGAGGCAUCAUUAGAUGCACUGCUGAGUCAAGUGGCUGAUCUGAAGAACUCACUGGGAAGUUUCAUUUAUAAGCUGGAAAACGAGUAUGACCGGCUAACCUGGCCCUCUGUCCUGGACAGCUUUGCAUUGCUAUCUGGACAGUUGAACACUCUGAACAAGGUUUUGAAGCAUGAGAAGACCCCACUGUUCCGUAACCAGGUCAUUAUUCCUCUGGUGUUGUCCCCAGAUCGAGAUGAAGAUCUCAUGCGGCAGACUGAAGGACGGGUACCUGUUUUCAGCCAUGAGGUGGUCCCUGACCAUCUGAGAACCAAGCCUGAUCCUGAGGUUGAAGAGCAGGAGAAACAACUGACAACAGACGCUGCCCGCAUUGGUGCUGAUGCAGCUCAGAAGCAGAUCCAGAGCUUGAAUAAAAUGUGCUCAAACCUUCUGGAGAAAAUCAGCAAAGAGGAGCGAGAAUCAGAGAGUGGAGGUCUCCGACCAAACAAGCAGACCUUUAACCCUGCAGACACCAAUGCCUUGGUGGCAGCUGUUGCCUUUGGGAAGGGUCUGUCUAAUUGGAGACCUUCAGGCAGCAGUGGUCCUGGCCAACCAGGCCAGCCAGGAGCUGGGACAAUCCUUGCAGGAACCUCAGGAUUACAGCAAGUACAAAUGGCAGGAGCUCCAAGCCAGCAGCAGCCAAUGCUCAGUGGAGUGCAAAUGGCUCAAGCAGGUCAACCUGGGAAAAUGCCAAGUGGAAUAAAAACCAACAUCAAAUCAGCUUCAAUGCAUCCCUACCAGCGUUCUUGAUCCAGAACCCACCUGAUGUGCUGCUAUUCCAUUGUCAAUGAGCCUCAAACAAUCAUGGGAGCAGAGUUGAUAGAGUUCAUACAGGCUGGACCCUUGGAGAAACUCCACUGGUUUACCUUCUGGGAAAAGAAAACAGAAGGGCCCCUUCAAGAGAAGUGAAUGGAGAGUGAGUCACACAGGGUGGAACUUUGAAGUCAUCACUUCACUUCCCAUGAGUCAGGAAGACUCUAGGAAGGAUGUGGAAUUUUAGUUGUUGGACUGAGUAUUCUUUCCCCAUACCGUGGGCCUUCAUCCUUAUCAAACCUGUGGAUUCAGUUUCCCUAGUUCAUUAGCCCACUGUGGUUUGGUUUUCCUUGUAUCCAGGUAGAAGAAAGCAUGGCCUUGAACCUAGUUUUCCUGCAGAUUCCAAAGAGUCCCAUUUCUGCUGUCCUGCCUCCCAUUUCCUGAGCUGGGUUGGGGAGCAUCCUCUUCACAGUCUCCCAUCUAGAGGGGCCAGUAUCUCUGCCCAGUGCUUGCCAUCAGCUGUACCAGACUUUUACCAUUUUUCAGAAACUCCUCAUCCUAUAAUCCUGUUCAGCGAAUGCCUCACCUUCUGACAAAAGAGAAAAUAGACUUCUUCAAAUAAAAACUCCCUCAGUCUCCUUCCAACCCACUGACAGACACUCUUCUCUUCCACAUAUUUUAGUCUGCAAGGUAUUCUUAGCCAAAGACCAAUCCCGCCACAUGUGUUGGAGUUCAGUGCCUUGUUCCACACAGCAUAUAAACAUGCUCCAGCCUCUUCCUAUUGGUUAGGAUCAAUCUGGGGUUGAGAACCACAUGCUGAUAUUUUAAAAGUUUCCCAGCUGUUGCUGAAAAUAUAAACAAUAAAAUCCAAAUGUCUUACCAGGGCUACAAGGCUCUUCAUAAACUAACUCCUGCCUACAUUUCCUACCUUUACCAAUGCACUCUGAGCUGGAGUGCUACCAAACUACUUACAGAGUUGCCCAAACCUGCUAUAUUUUUUGCUUCUGUGUGUGUGUGUCCCUCUGCUUGGAAAGCCUUUCCCUGCCAUCUAGAAAGUGCUCUAAUGUUCAACUUUAGUGUCAUUUCUUGGAAGUCUUCGAAAGUAACCUUCAUGCUGUGUGAAGGCGGCCCCCCCCUUCCCCAAUGCUUUCAUAACCUUCUGGGUUUAUCUCUUCAGCUGAAACUUACCACAUACUACUCUAGUUGUUCAUGGAUAUGCUCAUCUUCCCCAUGGUGAGUGUUUGUAGGAACUACAGAGCCAUGGAAAUGCCACUUGGUAGACUUGAGUCUAUAUUAGAUAUUGGAAGAUGCUUUCUCUCAGGAGCAGGACAAGGCUGAAUAAAGUGUCUUUGAGUACAUUCAUUCAUGUAGGCACUCAACAUUUACUGAGGACUUGCCAUGGUCAUUUACCAAUGUAAUCCAGGUGAAUAAAUCUAUAGAUGAAGAAGUA